GUCAUGUGACUUGUUUCCAGUCAGAGCACACCGUAAGAAAGCUUUUGUCAAGAGUAGUACAAUUACAAGUAAGUGAAGAAGAGACAUGAGCACGUUCCCCCUACUGUUGUGCUGUUUAUCUAUUGUGAACUGUGGGUUAAUUCUUCCAAAAGAUGAGCUUCAUUUGAACCGUGGAAAUAGACUAGAAAAAUCACAAAGAUCAACUUCUAACAUCUUUGAGCUCCCAUCUUCAUUCAAGCACAAGCUUUUAAAGGAACAUCAUAAUGCUGUAUCCCAAAAAACAAACAUACUCUAUAGCUUACAAAAGAGAGACGUUUCAACAUGUGCUCUAGACAACAGAGAACUUGAAAGUGACGCGGUGGAACUGAAGGAAACAGCUGAGGCUGUUCAAGCUGUGUGGGUGGGGAAAGAUAUCAUACUGAUAGUUGCAUCUGACAAGUCAGAGACAGGUCACACCACUCUCUGGAGAGGAGAGGUGCGGAAGAGCUUAGGGAUAUUCCAAUUCACAGAUGAUACCAGAUCUAUCAAGGCCACCGUCUACCCAGACUCUCUGCAAGUCUCCUCAGUAGAGCCUCAUGACACAGUAAUUGUAGUCUCCUACUCUCACCACCUCAUCUUUGUCAGUCGCAAUUACGGUGUUAACUGGGACCAGUACACAACACCCACCACUGACUUUGACCCCGUGGGCAGUCUGUACAUGAGCAAGCAAGACCCAAGACACUUGAUGAUUAAAUCAAGAGGGGGAGAUUUGUUUGUGUCAGAUACUCUAGGAGAGCAUUGGAACCACGUUGCAGCACAAGUGCUUAUGGCAGAACUUGGUAGAACAGACCAGGGAGAACACGUGUACUUCAUGACCCAGGCUGGCAUCUCUGCAUCCAAUCCUCUCUACAGAAUGGAUAUCUCAUCAAGAAAUAAAGAUGUAAUUGAUCGUUCUACAUAUCGUUUCCGUGUGGACAAUCGCUACCUGUUCAUCUCUCGCAAAAACACUACUAAUAACAAGCAGGCUGACAGCCAAUCUCGCAGACUGUACGUGUCCAGCAACUAUUACACUCAUUCAGAGAAGGUGGGAUUCACUGAGGUACAGCUUCCCUCCCUAAAGAACCAACAGUUUUAUGCGGUCAUGGCCACUCAUGAGACAGGAGCUUUUAUUCAUGUCUAUGAUGGAACAGACUCAACAGCUGGUAACCUAUACGUAUCAGACAGCAGUGGCUCCAAGUUUGGCCUUUCUCUUACUGAUCAUCUGUUUAAGGUUCAAGAGUACCCACUGGGCCACUAUUCUGUGCACGACUUUUAUGAGGUGAAGUCCACUAGGGGAGUCUACAUCACGACAACAGUCAAAAAAGGAGAUGGUGGUCAUGUGUCGAAGAUAACCUUCAAUAAUGGUGGGACCUGGCAAAAAUUGAAAGCACCUGACUCCACCAAUUGUCACCUCCCCGAUUGCUCUCUCCAUCUCCACCUUCGUUACAGUCAGUACAUACUCCCAUUCUACAACUAUUCAUCACUCAAGAUGCCGUUCAGCAUUGAGACAGCCCCGGGAAUCAUCUUAGCACAUGGAUCCGUUGGGCCCAUCCGUAACAACUCGUUCCCCAAGCUCUACGUGAGCAGUGAUAGUGGUCAUACGUGGUACGACCCAGACCUUCCCGCGGGUACCUACUCUUAUGGCAUCGGGGACUAUGGCAACAUCAUCACUGUGGCUCCAGACAGUGAAAAUGUACCAUACAUGUGGUUCUCUCACAAUCGUGGCAAGUGCUUCACCAAGAAGCAAUUUGACUCCACCACUCAUUUCACGACUCGUGGUAUCCUAAUCGACCCGUCCGCCGCCAGUCUGUUUGGGUUCGUGAUGGGCGUGGAGGGAAUGGGCUCCACGGAUGAGUGGAGGAUCAACGCUGUUAACUUUCAGAGCCUCCUGCAAAGACCUUGUGUUGCUGAUGACUACGCACUGGUGACGGAGCACGAAGGCAUGGGAGUCUGCAUUCUUGGUUACCAGAGUGUAUACAACCUCACGAAGGAGGAAAGUGUAUGUUACAACCCAGCAAGUUACAGCUACAAGCCAGUCAAGAGCAACAAGUGCAACUGUGAUUAUUCUGACUUGGAAUGUGAUUAUGGAUUCAAACGCAGUAGUGCUGACAAGUGCUCUAAGAUCCCCAACGUGGGUCUCUCAGAUGUUUGUCCCCCAGGAACUGACACUUAUCAACAGAGUGUCUCUGGGUUCCGGCUAAUACCUGGUGAUCAAUGUGUGCCAACUGAUGACAGCAAGAAGCUGGUGGCCACUGUCACAAAACAGUGCACCAGCCAUGAGAAGCAGUCUGGUAUACACCCGGUCACUUUCUCAUCAAUGAGCACUGCUGGGAAGAUUGUUGGUGGGAUCUUUAUAGUCUUGGCGGCGUUGGUUGCAGCAGGACUUACGCUCUUCUGUUGGCUGAAAUGCAAGAGUAGAACAUACACAUCACAUGACAAAGUAUACUACCAGCGGCUACCACUUCAUGAGACUGGGGGCCGGUUCAGUGCCAAUGAUGAUACGAGCAGUGAUGAGGAUAUACUAACUUGACACGUACAAAUGCAACUGGUAUAAACUUAGUGUUGUUUUGUGUUCAACCAUCGCAGUCCAUGCAUGUUAUUGUCAAUACAGUAAUUUUUUGUUAUUGCUACAGUA